AUGUGGGGGGAGGAGGAGGGGGCGGCGGGGGCGGGAGGGGGAAGGGGACGGCGGGAGCUGCUCUCCGCUCGGCGGUCGCCGCGCCCGCAGUCUGGAGGCGCACCGGAGCGGCCGGGGCGCCCCCCGCGGGAGUCCGCAGCUAGCCGGGGCGCGCAUCCAGCCGUGGCGCCUGGAGCCGGGCACGCUGCGCCCGGGGGCUCCGCAGACCCCGCGCCGCCGCCGCUUCAGAUGUUGUGCGGCGCGGGCUGGCCGGCGGGGCGGCCGGGGCCGGGCCCGCCUCCCCAGCGCCCGCCCGGCUUCUCCCCCUGGCGGUGGGAGCCUCGGCGGCCGCCGGCGACUCCAGGCGCACCGGAGCCCGAGCCGAGCCGAGCCCGAGCCGCUGUCGCUGCCGCUGCCGCUGCCGCAGCCGCCGCCGCCGCCGCGCGCUGCUCCCGGGGCUCCCUCCCAGAGCGCCGGCCCGGGUGUGGGGGGCGGCGGGCCGGAGGGGCGAGGGUGGGCGAGGGGCGCGCACUGGAGUUGGCGCUGAAGACCGAACUCUCGGAUGCGAGGCCCCCCAUCCAGGAGCCCUGCACCCCAACUGAGGAACGCGCGGAAGGAGGAGGGGACCUCUCUUGAAGACCCUCACGCGGUGACCCAGCCCAGUUGUUUCAGUAUUUAUCCUCGUGUCAGCAGCUGCCAUUGGGAAUGAGACUCCUAAGCUGAGGUCCAAUUUCUCCAAAAAGCUGGGGGUAUGAGGAUUUCGAGGACGGGGACGUGGGCGAGAAAGGGCCAUAGAACCUUCCCCAAUGGAGACUGAAACUCCAAAAAUCUCUACAAGAGCAGAGUGACUGGAGGCUCAGGACCCCGGGCUAAGGAGAAACUGGAACUUGAUCAACUUUAUUCCUCUCCUCCCACCACCCUGCCCCCAGCUCCGGGGAGUCUAACAGGUCUUUUGUUUUGUGGCCUGUCACCUUUGGGAAAUUUGCAUUGAGGAUGACAACAGAAAAUCACUACUGUUUACUCAAAGAUAAGGAGAUGCAGAAAGAGAAAACGGUUUUUACUUUGUGUGUGUGUGUGUGUGUGUGUGCUUGGCAAGAGUGUAGUUAGGUUAUGGCAAGAACUGCAGAACGUCAGUAGUAACAGUAAGGACUGUAGAGCUGCCUAGGUGUAUUUUUAGAAGCCGCACUUUUUUGAGUUCCUUUCACACCAGGCUCGCUCUCUCAUUAAGUCCCCAUAAAUAAUUGUAUUUAGAGAGGAGGAAACUAUGGAAGCAGGAGGGAGAUUGCUAAGAUUUUCAUCCCGCCAGCGCAGAGCACUGUUUACAGGGAAGUUCCUGGAAAGUAACUGUGGGCUGAGAAUUCAGUUUUUCCUAAAAGCUCUGUUAGGUCCUCUUGUGUCAGAUGGCUAUGAAUAAAGCAUGCUGGGAAA